AUGUUAGGAAAAUACUCUAGACUAAAUACCGCAAUAGCUAGGUAAUAUAUCCAAGACAAAGGAUAGCAUCUCAGAAGGAAAUUCAGCUCACAACCAUAGCAUUAAUACAAAUCUUAUAACUACAAGGAAAAUCCGAUUAUCUUCAACAGAAUUAACGAACAAUAUGUAAUUAAAGGAAAAGAAAGAGUUGUGGGUUGGUGGCUAAUAUCUUUGAGCGCUUCAGUAUUUUCAAUAGUUAUACUAGGAGGAUAUACUCGCUUAAGUAAGUCAGGUUUAUCCAUGGUUAAAUGGCACCCUCAUAAAGUUGGACUUCCAAAAAAUAAUGAAGAAUGGGAGCAAGAGUUUGAAGAGUAUAAAUAGUUUCCAGAAUAUUAUCUUUUCAACAAAGAGAGAGGUCUAGACAUUGAUGGCUUUAAGAGAAUUUACUUUGUGGAAUGGGCUCACAGAAUAGUAGCUAGAUCAAUUGGAGCUUUGUUUAUUUUGCCAUUCAGUUAUUUCUUAAUGAGAGGCUAUCUUCAGCCAAAACUCAAGAAAUCAUUAUUUGCAUUACUAGCAUUCGGUUCAUUACAAGGAGUAAUAGGCUGGUGGAUGGUCAAGAGUGGACUCGUAGACAAAAAUAAGACAAUUGAACUUGAUAAGACUCCAAGAGUCAGUCCUUAUAGAUUAACUGUGCACGGGUAUUCAGCAUACAUUAUAUAUGGAGUAGGAGUCUGGCUAGCAAUGAAUUUAUUAAGAAGACCACAAGAAGCAGUCAUAAAUCUUGCUAAUAUGGCUGACCAUGCAUCCAUGAGAAAAUUAUUAUUAAGAUCUGCUCAUGGAAUUUUGCCCCUAAUUCUUUUGUAUGGUUUCUUCACUUCAGGCAUCUAAGGAAGGUAUGCUGUGAACAACUACCCUUUUGUUGGAUAAAACUGGUUCUUAACUAGGAAUCAUUUCCAAGGAGAUAUUCCUUUCUGGUAAAACUUUACUGAAAAUAAGAUAGUAGUUUAAGUGAUCCAUAGAACACUGGGGACAUUAUUUGCAUUAUUAGCCUUAAAAGGAGGUUAUGAAGUUUAUAAAAUGAAGAAUCUUACACCUAUUGCUAGAAAAGCUUAUUGGUUAAUUUUAGCGGCUAUAACUCUACAAAUUUGUAUUGGAAUUGGUGCUAUAUGGUAUCCAUCUGAAAUAUGGAUUCCAAAUCUUCAUUAAGCAGGAGCAUUAACAGUUCUAACUUCAGUAUUAUUUGCAUGUCAUACUUGCAGAAAAGUUGACCCUAGACAUAUGAGAAAUCUUUUAGGUAAAUUAAAGAUCGAUGAUCCAUAAGCAUAUGAAAGAAUGAUGAAAGGAUUUAAUAAAAAACAGCUAAGCAAAACUGAGAUGGAUGCAAUGAAGAAAUUUUAUGAAGGUAAAUGA